AUGGGUUUGGGUCGUGGUGGUGGUGGUGGAAUUGUAGGACUUGGUGGCCUUGGUGAUGGAGGUGGUGGUCUGACGGGUGGGCGAGGUGGUGCUACCUUCGGUGGGGAUGGAGGGUUGACGGGAGGGCGAGGUGGUGCUACCUUUGGUGGGGAUGGAGGGUUGACGGGAGGGCGAGGUGGUGCUACCGUUGGUGGGGAUGGAGGGUUGACGGGAGGGCGAGGUGGUGCUACCGUUGGUGGGGAUGGAGGGUUGACGGGAGGGCGAGGUGGUGCUACCGUUGGUGGGGAUGGAGGGUUGACGGGAGGGCGUGGUGGCGCCACUCUUGGAGGAGGGAUGUUGGGCUGA